AAUGCAGAUCAUAGCGAUUGCCUCAGCCGACCUUCGAUGUUCAGAGUCAUCGCUUGUUCCGGAAGGUUGUAUCAGUAGCAACUCCUCCUGCGCGAACUGCGAAUUGCAGCCGUUGCUAUCCCUCGAAUUAUUGUAGUUUCUGUAUUUUUAUUUAUUUUUUCGGUGAGGGUAAGCUUGCGCUCUUCCGUGUGAUGGUAGAAUUGUAGAAUCCUCCUCAGCCUCGCGGAAAUGGCGAAGGUGAGGAAAAGAGCUCAACCUAGCGGGAGGAAGGAGGCCGGCAAGAAGCGGAAGGUGAAGGGAGCUGAAGAGAGGGGCGCGAACGCGGCUGUGAAAAGUAAAAGGGACGAGGAAAUUUUGAGCGAGGAAGAGGAUGAGGAGUUUGGGAAUGGGGGGGAGGCUCCGGUUUCGGAAGAGGAGGAAGAGGAGGUAGAUUUAGAAACAGCUGAUGAGAAGAGGUUGAGGAUUGCCAGGGCUUACCUUGAACGUACUCGACAGGCUGCAGCUGAUGCUGAGGAUGAUGUCGAUGGCGAGACAACAGAUCAGCGUAUGGGAGCUCGUGAUAGCAUGGUUGCGGAUUUAUUGCAACAAGAGCAGCUUGAAGAGAGUGGUCGCGUGCAGCGUAAAUUAGCUUCGAGGGUUGUGCAACCCACGGUUGUGCCAGAAGGAAAAGCAGUAGGCAGGAGACAUCGACAAUCAGUAACGGCUAUUUGUAUUUCGGAUGACGACACAUUAGGAUUUUCUGCUUCUAAAGAUGGAAUGAUCGUGCAAUGGAAUGUUGAAACCGGGACGAGUGACAAGUAUCAGUUUCCCGGAAAUAGUGUAGAUCCAUCUACUGCAAAUGGAGGAUUAGUACAAGGAAGUACAAUUAAAAAAGCAGGUAGGAAAGGAAGUAGACAUAUACUUGCAUUGGCAGUGAGUUCUGAUGGCCGUUAUUUGGCUUCUGGAGGUCUCGAUCGAGCUAUACAUCUUUGGGAUACUCGUACUCGUCAACAUCUUCAGGCAUUUAACGGACAUAGAGGUGCCGUUACGGGUUUGGCGUUUAGACAGGGUACACAACAGCUUAUGUCGAGUUCUUUAGAUCGCACUAUCAAGUUGUGGAGUGUGGAGGAUCGUUCCUACAUUGACACUCUAUACGGACACCAAAGUGAUGUCAUUGCAAUAGAUUGUCUUCGUCAAGAACGCAUUCUUUCUUGUGGACGUGAUCGAACUCUUAGACUGUGGAAGGUUCCAGAGGAAUCGCAACUUGUGUUUAGAGGUCAUCAAGCUCACAUUGAAAGCUGCUGUUUUAUUACGAAUGGAGAGUUUUUGUCUGGUUCAGAUGACGGCAGUGUAUCUCUAUGGAGCACUUUAAAGAAGAAGCCAGUGUUCUUAGCUCAUAGUGCACAUGGUAGUACAAAACGACAUCAUAUGAAUGAAGAUUUAGCUAAUGGAGAGAUGCCCACAGAGCAAUCCAGUACUCUAGCUUUGGUGAAUGGAAAUGACAAUGGCUACAUCAAGGAUGAUUCUGUUCCCUCUGAGGUUGGUGCAGUAGAGUCCUGGGUUGGAGCAGUAGCAGUAUGUAGAGCUAGCGACUUGGCAGCAUCUGGAGCAGGGGAUGGUACCGUGCAACUUUGGGCCCUUGAAGAUACGAACCGAGUUCUUAAACCUCUUCACAAGUUGCCAGUGAAAGGAUUUGUCAACUCCUUGGCAUUUUCACAUAGUGGCCGAUUCCUCCUUGCGGGUACUGGCCAGGAACCUCGAAUGGGAAGAUGGGGAAGGAAUUCAGCAGGAAGAAAUGGAGUUAUUAUGCAUCCUAUCGAGUUAUCAUGAUUAUCCCAGCCGUACGUGUGACAAUUGCUGGCAGCAGGUUUAGCAACGUGAAGUCGCAAUUUUUUUCUUUUCGAGCUAGUUGUGAUGAAGUUACUUGACAAUUUUCUGUCAGAGUGAUGUAAUCAUACGACCGUAACUUUUUAAAGACCACCCCAAGGUUGGAGUUAACCCCUGAUACGUUCUAGGAGUGCAACAGCUCAGUGGAGAUUUUUGUGUUUAAUGACAAUUUUCUCUUACAGCGGAUCCCCAUGAUUUCACUGCAGGCAGAAAUCAUCGACGCAAUCGGUGGUCCUGCCGCCUGGACAUGAAAUCAGGUUUUGUUGUCUGGGAAGACUUAACUCCACCCCAGAGAUGAAAUGGUACGAGUCAGGAUAUGCGUGGCGUCUUUUGCAUCUGGCUGUAGCGGCGGGCAUGUUUGACAAUGUUUCAGAUUCCAGUCCUACCGAUAUUUUUUUGUGAAGCUCCAUCAAUGAUUCUAACUUAACCAGUGACUUGUUCUAGAGGAGUCCCCAUUGCGUUCUUUCCAAUUCAAUCAUUAUUGAAUGCUUACAGUUGCCUCUGAAAGUCGGUGCUGGCAGAAAUAUCAGUACUAAAGUCUUAGGUAUUUCAAGAAUGACAAUAAAUUGCUUCACCUACUGCCCGCAUACGUCUUCUGGGGGUUUUCUCUACACGCCAUUAUUUUCCAACAAUGGUCGAUCAGAUGUUCCAUGUCUGUGAAAUGACGGUAGACAUUGAUCGGGACCAAAUAGAGGAGUCUAAUUUCAAGUAUUUUGACAACGGCGAAAGGAACGUGUCGAAGCAGAAACUUGUUGAAAGAGACGUAGUAAUGAAUCAUUGUUAAGGACCCUACAUGAUCCCUAGGAUCUCUGUCCCUGUCAUUUUCCUUACUUAUCUAUCCUGAAACUCUUCACCAUAGUACACAAUGCAUAUCAAGGCAAUAAAAGCUCCAAAGGCUAAACAAAAUUUAAA